GUUCUAUUUCCAGAGUUGCAAAGGGCUUUCAGAUACUCUGCUUAGCUAGCAGAUGAAUUUGACGGCAUUUUCUUUCUGCUGCGCCACCUUUCCUCCACUAGUACAGUUUUCAAACGAUUCCUAAGAUGGCAUUAACCUGCUUUAUUUUAUUAUUAAGUUGGUCUUUCAUGACAAAGGAAGCCUUGACUCUUGAACACCAGCCAUGAAUCUUGAACACCAUUAAGAUUUUUCAUAUCACACCACCCCAUUAGUUGGGUUUCAGAAGAAAGCCAUAGGGAUACAACAACAAAAAAAAAGCUCAACCAGACCACUGGCUUAUUAUCCCCUGUUUUGCACAGAAUGUGGGGUGUCUAAAGUUAAAGAAUAAUGCUUGUAAACAAGGAAAGGCAAAUGUGCUAGAAAAUAUGAUAAAAAAGAUGCUGAAGGUUGCUAGAUUGGCCUUGAGCCAGUGGAAAGGGAAAUAAUCACGUUCCAAGGUUCAGUGGCCAAUGGGAAAAAAGGAUUUAGGCCAUAUGGGCCACAGACCAAUGAAAAAGAAUGAAUAGAUACCAUGUGCUUUGAGAACCAAUGAGAAGAGAGAGAUUGCAUCUGUGAACCAAUGGGAAGAAAUAAACUAGCUCAUGGGCCAAUGGGCAGAAAGGGAUUGAACCUUAGGUCUACAAGGUGAGAAGCUCAGGGGUUUAGUUACUUGACCCUAAUCUGUACUAGGGAGGACUACUAUUCAUGCUUAUCAUCCCCAAGUUAAGAAAAUUUAGUCCCCGAUGCAAGGAAGAUGACCUCUAGGGGGGUGAAGGGGUAGGAAACCACCUGAAUGAAGAACCAUGACUCCUGCCUCGAGUACCUUCGUAGAGGGCGCUGUUUAUCAGAGGCCAGAGUUGGGGGCAGAAGAAAAAAGGACACCCCACCCCGCCCAGCGUGCAAUUCCCCUCCCGACCGCAGGAGGCGCUGCAGCGAGGGGAGACUUGGGGUGGGGCGCUGUGAGAGGCCCGGGGCUGCGGCCCCGCUCCGGACCGCGGGGGGCGCUGUGAGGAGCCCGGGGCUGCGGCUCCGCUCCCGGCCGCGGGGGGCGCUGCACAGCGGCGGUGGUUGGUGGUGGCUUGGGGGUGGGGGGGAGGGGGGUAGGGGGUGCGGAGGCCUCGCGGGCGGAUCGGGCGCUCAGCGGCGGCAGCUUCUGGGCUUGGGGAGGCGGUGGGAGCGGCGGGUCCGGCCGGCCCUGGUCAUGGCGGACGCGGCGGCCUCUCCGGUGGGGAAGCGGCUGCUGCUUCUGUUUGCGGAUGCGGCGGCGGCCUCGGCUCAGGCACCGGUGGCGGCGGCGGCGGCGGCAGCGGCAGCGGCAGCGGCAGCGGCAGCAGAGAGCGGGGAUCCGGGGCCUGCGCUGCGCACUCGGGCCUGGAGGGCUGGGACAGUGCGGGCCAUGAGCGGGGCGGUGCCCCAGGAUCUAGCGAUAUUUGUGGAAUUUGAUGGCUGCAACUGGAAGCAACACUCCUGGGUGAAAGUCCAUGCUGAAGAGGUUAUUGUGCUGCUCCUAGAAGGCUCUUUAGUUUGGGCUCCUCGAAAGGAUCCAUUCCUCCUCCAGGGGACCAGGGUCUCAAUUGCACAGUGGCCAGCCCUGACCUUCACUCCAUUAGUGGAUAAAUUGGGUUUGGGGUCUGUGGUUCCAGUGGAAUUUCUUCUGGAUCGAGAUCUCCGAUUCUUGUCAGAUGCUACUGGAUUACGCCUAUUCCAGAUGGGAACAGAGAGCCAGAACCAGAUUCUUCUAGAACAUGCUGCAUUGAGAGAUACAGUUAAUGCUUUGAUCAGUGACCAAAAGCUCCAGGAAAUAUUCAGUCGAGGUCCCUAUAGUGUCAAAGGCCAGAGGGUCAAAGUGUACCAGCCAGAAGGUGAAGAAGGUUGGAUCUGUGGUGUUGUAAGCCGACAAGACUCUCUCACUCGUCUUAUGGAGGUAUCUUUGUCAGAGAGUGGUGAGAUUAAAUCAGUGGAUCCCAGAUUGAUACAUGUGAUGUUGAUGGACAACUCUGCUUCUCAGAAUGAGGGAAGCACAUUAAAAGCUGUAAAACCCCCCAAAGGAAAGAAGAAAAGAGAGAGCAUAGAGGGAAAAGAUGGACGAAGGAGGAAAAGUGCUUCAGACUCUGGGUGUGACCCUGCAACAAAGAAAUUAAAAGGAGAAAGGAGUGAAGUAGACAGUAAUGGGAGUGAUGGAAGUGAAACAAGUCGAGGGCCCUGGAAAGGGAGUUCUAGUGGAGAGCCAGGGCUGGAUCAAAGGGCCAAGCAGCUGCCUCCAUUUGUUCCCCAGAUCAAUCGAAACAUUCGAUUUGCCACAUACACCAAAGAGAAUGGCAGGACUCUGGUGGUUCAGGAUGAGCCUCUAGGUGGGGACAUGCCUGUACCUUUCACUCCAUAUUCUUCAGCCACGGGGCAGUCACCUUUGGUUACAGAGGUGGGUGGAGCUGGAAACAAGGAGGCUGGAAAAUCACUGGAUUCAGGUGCUCAGAGUCUGGCAGUUUCAACAGCCGUGAUCACAACCACCAGCUCAACACCAACCACCGUGAGAAUCUCUGAUACAGGCCUUUCAGCAGUGACCCUGCAGGAGAAACAAAAAGUCAACUGGUCUCAGACUCAGGGAGAGAAUUCCAGAAACCCUCUCUUGGCUUCUUCUGGAUUUGGAGCAUCUCUCUCAAGUUCUUCCCAAUCCUUGGCUUUUGGAAGUGUUAGAGCCCAGUCCAAUGGGGUCUUGGCUACAGAGAGCAAGCCUUUGGGGUUUUCUUUUGCUUCCAGUUCUGCUACAGAAACCCAGAAAGAUUCUGAUCUUUCAAAGAACUUGUUUUUUCAGUGCAUGUCACAGACUUUGCCCUCAAGUAACUACUUCACAGCUAUUUCAGAGAGUUUAUCUGAUGAAUCCUCUGCUCGGGAGUCAUUCAAACAGAGCCUAGAGAGCCUGAGCUCUGGGCUUUGUAAAGGCAAACCUACCCUGGCAGCAGAUACGAAGGCUGGCAGUGCCCUGGAUCGAAAGAUGCCUGCAGAGUCCAUGCCUACCCUCACUCCAGCCUUCCCAAGGAGCCUCUUGAAUACCCGAGCCCCAGAGAAUCAUGAAAAUCUAUUUUUGCAGCCCCCUAAAUUGUCCCGUGAAGAGCCAUCCAACCCUUUCCUGGCAUUUGCAGAGAAAGCUGAUCUCAGUCCUUUCAGCAGUUUUACAUCUCAGACAGCAGGUGGCUCCACUUCUGCUACCACUGGAGCACUCAAAGCAGCUUCUAGCUGGCCAGAGUCUCACACCUCUGCUGAUUCAGCAUCUUUAGCAAAGAAGAAAUCUCUCUUCAUCACAACUGAUUCUUCCAAGCUAGGCUCUAGUGCACCUAGCUCAGCUGUGCCUCCUGGUGUCCCAAGCCUCUCUGCCAUGGGAAAUGGCCGCUCUAAUUCACCCACCAGCAGUCUUUCACAACCUAUUGAGAUGCCCACCCUCUCCUCCAGCCCAACAGAGGAAAAGCCAUCAGUUGGACCUGGGCAACAGGACAAUCCCCUUUUGAAAACCUUUACUAAUGUCUUUGGCAGGCACCCAACUGGCUUUCUCUCCUCAACAGAGUUUUUACAUGAUAACAAAGCUCCUUUUGAAGCUGUAAAAAGGUUUUCACUGGAUGAGCGAAGUAUGACAUCUAAACAGGACUCAGAUUCCAGCACCAAUAGUGACCUGUCAGACCUGAGUGACUCUGAGGAGCAGCUGCAAGCCAAGGCUGGGUUGAAGGGAAUCCCCGAGCACCUAAUGGGAAAGCUGGGCCCCAAUGGAGAGCGAAAUGCUGAACUAUUACUGGGAAAAGGAAGAGGGAAGCAGGCUCCUAAAGGCCGACCUCGAACAGCCCCUCUGAAAGUUGGCCAAUCUGUGCUAAAAGACAUGAGCAAGGUAAGAAAGCUCAAACAGUCAGGAGAGCCUUUCCUCCAAGAUGGAUCCUGCAUUAAUGUGGCCCCUCACCUCCAUAAGUGCAGGGAGUGCCGCCUGGAGCGCUACCGAAAGUUUAAAGAGCAAGAACAAGAUGAUUCCACUGUGGCCUGCCGAUUCUUUCACUUCCGCAGGCUUAUCUUCACUCGGAAAGGCAUCCUCCGUGUAGAAGGGUUUUUGAGUCCGCAGCAAAGUGAUCCAGAAGCCAUGAAUCUGUGGAUUCCCUCUUCCUCCCUUGCAGAAGGAAUCGAUCUGGAGACCUCAAAAUACAUACUAGCCAAUGUCGGGGACCAGUUUUGCCAGCUUGUCAUGUCAGAAAAGGAGGCCAUGAUGAUGGUAGAGCCACACCAAAAAGUGGCAUGGAAACGAGCUGUACGUGGUGUCAGGGAAAUGUGUGAUGUAUGUGAAACAACUCUCUUCAACAUCCAUUGGGUUUGUCGCAAAUGUGGAUUUGGAGUCUGUCUGGACUGUUACCGACUUAGAAAGAGUCGUCCACGUAGUGAGACCGAAGAGAUUGGUGAUGAAGAGGUUUUCUCUUGGUUGAAAUGUGCAAAGGGGCAGUCACAUGAACCAGAAAAUCUCAUGCCUACACAAAUCAUCCCUGGCACAGCUCUUUACAAUAUUGGAGAUAUGGUACAUGCAGCCCGGGGCAAGUGGGGAAUUAAAGCCAAUUGUCCUUGCAUUAGUCGUCAGAAUAAAUCUGUAUUGAGGCCUGCUGUCACUAAUGGGAUUUCACAGCUUCCCAGUAUAAAUCCCAGUGCUUCCUCUUCUGGAAGUGAAACUCCCUUCUCCAGUGGAGGAGGGACAACAGGGGUGACAACACCAGAGUCUGACCUAUUACUCAAACCUGACACUCUGGACAGCAGGGGUGAGGAGGCACUGAAAACUGAUGCAUCAAGUAGCAGUAGUGAGACAAAAACCAGCAGGCCACUGUGCCCCGAAACAACACCACCAUCCUCUGCUUUGCACUGGCUGGCAGAUUUAGCAACACAGAAAGCAAAGGAAGAAACAAAAGAAGCUGGAUCCCUGAGAUCAGUACUCAGUAAGGAGUCUCAUUCCCCCUUUGGGCUGGAUUCCUUCAACUCUACAGCAAAGGUUUCUCCAUUAACUCCAAAGCUCUUUAAUAGUCUGCUACUGGGUCCUGCUGCCUCAAACAACAAAACAGAAGGCUCCAGCCUUCGAGACCUACUACACUCUGGACCCGGAAAGCUUCCCCAGGCCCCCUUGGACACCAGCAUACCUUUCCCUCCAGUCUUCUCAGCAUCUUCAACAGGCGUGAAGAAUAAGGCCAGUCUUCCCAACUUCCUCGACCACAUCAUUGCCUCAGUGGUAGAAAAUAAAAAAACUUCUGAUGCUGCAAAACGGGCCAGUAACUUGACAGAUACCCAAAAAGAAGUGAAGGAGAUGGUAAUGGGGCUGAAUGUGUUGGAUCCACACACCUCCCACUCAUGGCUCUGUGAUGGGAGGCUCCUAUGUCUCCAUGACCCCAGCAACAAAAACAACUGGAAGAUCUUUCGGGAGUGUUGGAAGCAAGGCCAGAUCCAUAAAGAAGAGAAAGGGUGCAGGAUUUCUGGAGUUAUCCUUUUGAAAUAUGAAAUGUCACCAGAAGUUGAUUUUUUUCAGUGUUUGGCCUUCCACUUUCUUUACAUAGUACCUGUCCUUGUUUCCGGGGUGCAUAAGAAGCUCAAAUCUGAACUUUGGAAGCCAGAAGCAUUUAGUCAAGAAUUUGGAGACCAGGAUGUGGACUUAGUAAACUGUAGGAACUGUGCUAUCAUUUCUGAUGUGAAAGUGCGUGACUUCUGGGAUGGUUUCGAAAUCAUAUGCAAACGGCUAAGGUCAGAAGAUGGGCAGCCAAUGGUACUGAAACUCAAAGACUGGCCUCCAGGGGAAGAUUUCCGAGACAUGAUGCCUACAAGGUUUGAGGAUCUGAUGGAGAACCUCCCUCUGCCAGAGUACACGAAGCGAGAUGGAAGGCUGAAUUUGGCUUCUAGACUACCCAGCUAUUUUGUACGACCCGAUUUGGGUCCCAAGAUGUACAAUGCCUAUGGUUUAAUCACUGCAGAAGAUAGAAGAGUUGGUACAACAAACUUGCACUUAGAUGUAUCUGAUGCAGUUAAUGUGAUGGUGUAUGUUGGAAUCCCCAUUGGGGAGGGAGCUCAUGAUGAAGAGGUGCUAAAGACUAUUGAUGAGGGUGAUGCUGAUGAGGUAACAAAACAGCGGAUUCAUGAAGGGAAUGAGAAACCUGGAGCGUUAUGGCAUAUCUAUGCAGCUAAGGAUGCUGAGAAGAUCCGAGAACUUCUCCGAAAGGUUGGAGAAGAGCAAGGUCAAGAAAAUCCUCCAGAUCAUGAUCCAAUCCAUGACCAAAGCUGGUAUCUGGACCAGACUCUUCGUAAACGUCUCUAUGAGGAGUAUGGCGUGCAAGGCUGGGCAAUUGUGCAGUUUCUGGGAGAUGCUGUCUUUAUACCUGCAGGAGCCCCUCACCAAGUUCAUAAUCUGUACAGUUGCAUAAAAGUGGCAGAAGAUUUUGUAUCUCCUGAACAUGUAAAGCACUGUUUCCGCUUGACCCAGGAGUUCAGACAUCUGUCUAACACCCACACAAAUCAUGAGGAUAAACUGCAGGUAAAGAAUAUCAUUUACCAUGCAGUGAAGGAUGCUGUUGGCACACUGAAGGCUCAUGAAUCCAAACUGGCAAGAUCUUAGUUAUGGCUAGUUUCCAAACACUUGUGAAGCAGGCCUUUCACUUACAAUACUUAACAGGGAACGGGCAAGGGUCUCUGCUGGAGCAGGGACCCCCUCACUGGGAGCCAGUGUGGUCAGUAUUACAAACUCUCCAGCCACUGUUUUCUACGCUGCCUCAAACAUUGAUGGUCGAAACGGGAAAGUCGCACUGUUACACACACAAUUCCAGACUUCAAGCCGAGGGUGCCACAUCCCCCAUCCUGCGGCCUUUUGGGAAUCCAGAUCACCUAAACACUGGGUUUUCCUGCAUAUUCUUGUGAUUAGAGAGUCAAAACCAAGAAUGUGGGCACUUUUCCUCCUUUUUUUCCCCCUUUUCUUUCCUCAUGCCUAGUUAGUUGGGAAUAUGUUUGGAGGUGGGGGGAUCUGAUAGCAGGUACAGUAGGUGGCAUUUGCCGAAGUGUGACCCAUAGAAGCCUGACAGCAUAUCUCUGCAUAUGACCUUUUGUAUGACCCAGCCUGAGGAAGAGGGGUGAAGCUAUCCCCAUACUCCCUCCCUUGUACACCGUAGACUUGCAGAACCCAGGGAGAAUCCACUGCUUUUCCCAGGAGGCUCCAGGAAUAGGAGAAUUGUGUAUUUAGUGAAAAACUAGGUUUGUAGUGAAACAGUUAACUAUUUCAUGAAAGUAGAUAUUUUUAGAAUUUUUGAAAUACCACAACUGUUUUCCUGGAUUAUGAGGAAAGGCACAUUACAUAUUUAGUCUUCCUUUCAAUAAAAUCUUUGAAGAGAAAUGGUUUUUAGGAAUUAAAUGUCCAUAAUAGCACAAAAUUAGCCAAAGGAGAGCUCAGAAGAAUUGGCUUUUUAGGGUUUCUUUCCUUUCUCCCCCUCCCAUCCCAGCAGUCUCUACAGAGAGGGAACAGUAAACCAAGAAUGAACUUUUGUCAUGUCUGUGAGCUGUGGUGUGUAUGUCCCUGCACUGGUGACUCCAGGAAUCAUUCCAUCUGUUACCAGCGUUCCCUUGGGACUCAGAAUACUUUCCAAACAUAUGAAAGAAAAUUUAAUUUCCAACAUCAGGUUUUUUGUCCAGAAAUAUUUUCAACAAAACUUUACAGCUCAAUGGAGUUUUAUUCAGAUUUCAAUGUCAGCAUUUGAAAAUGAUGGAUUUCAUUGUCCCAGAAGUACAUUGGGAAGUGUAUCUACCUUCUUUUCAGCUGUACUGUAGUGCCCCCUGCAGGCUUGUUUAUAUGUUCACAGUUACUUCAUUUUUUAAAAAAUAAAAGUCAUUUACUGUAGAAUACUUUUAA